GCCGAAAGUUACGAAGAACAGUAUUCACAAAAUGAAUCAGAAGGACCUUACACAGAUAACGAGAGGUACGAGGAUGAACAUUCCCUACCGGAUCAAGAGCGAGAAGACAGCUCAGAAGACGAAGAAUACGUCAAUAAUAUCCGAAUAAAUACGAUCACGAUAAGUGAUAGCGAUGAAGAAAUAUCGUCAGAUUUAGAUUCAGAAGACACAAUCUUAUUGGAAAGCCAAUGGAAGCGAGAAGAAAGAGGUAGAACUCUAAAAACAACCCUAAAGUCAAAGGAAGACAAUAACGAAGUUGACAGGGAAAUAAAACAACCCGACAACAACAGCUUCAAGUCUAUAGGGAUGAGCAACCUACCGAUUAAAAGGGAAGAUCAUAGCGAGGAGAAAAUCGCUCAAGGUCAAUAUAUAAUAACAGAAAGAAUUUUCAGCCAAUCACAAGGCAAGGUAAAAACCGAGCUCACCUCGAUUAAAGAAAAGGAGGUAAAUUUGCGUCAAAAGGACAAAGAAGCUCAAGAUACAUCAAGAGAAUACGAACAGGAACAUCAACCUGAAGAUUAUAAUGAAACCUAUGUAAUAGACCAAUCAGAGGUCAGGAAAAUUGAAAAUUCGCCUGAAUUAACGAAUAGGCGUAAAAACGAGCGAAAAGCCGUAAUAAAUGUUAAAUCGAUUUUAAGAAAGUCAAAUAUAAGACAAAGUGCGGAAAAAUGCACGAAGAGGCUAAAGGACUAUUUUAUAAAUCCAAAGGAUACAACGGAUGAGUCAGACGAAGAAGAGAAAGGAUUUUCGAGUGAAGAAGGGUACAAAACUAAUGGCAAGAAUCUCCAAAGCGAGAAGACACAGACCAUUCCUGGAAACACUCUGAAAAUGAAGAUAAAUAAGAAGGAAGUUACAUGGAAGUCCAGCCCUAAAACGAAACAAUGUUACCCAUCGCCACAAUUACGUAAUUCAUGCCAAACACUAUCAACAACGGCAGAUAACCGCGAAAGCACAAAGACAACAAGUGUCAUAAAUACUAAGGAUCAAAAGGAAGAAAGAUUAAAGGAAAAAAGGAUGUCGUCAUCCGAAACCGAUAACAAUUUCGACUUGAAAGAGUUGGAAAAGGAGGAAAAGGAAGUGGCGGAAGCGCUAAAAGAACAGAUAGAGAGGAAAUUCGAAGUGUUAAGACGAAGAAGGCAGCUGAAAGAAAUGAAGUUUAUGCUUCAGAAACUGAGGCAGGUACCACACGAACAGCCUACCGGAGACCUCAGAACGACGAUUCAACAAACUGAAAUAAGGAAGAUAAUGGAAACGUGUAAAAACCUCACGUAUCGAAGAAGAAUUGUCGAAGAUGCAUUCAAGAUUCAAGAUAACAAAGGAUGCGAUGUGUGCAAAAUUAGUGCCACGUUCGUAAUCCAAAACUUAAGAAAAGAAAACAAAAAGGAAUCAACUAUGUACCAACUACAUUACACAGUAAACAACGAUCAAAUAAGAAGAAACCGAGUUUUGAAAGCAGAGCAAGUAGCAAGCACAGAUACGAAAUACAAAAAAUAUGCGAUGACCGAGGCACGAGUAAUAGAUCUCAUAAAGCCAACGAUAACAAAUAUCGAGAUACCGUCUACAUCCAAGGAUUAUGCCAAGGAAAACAUCAUACCGGAAACGUCAAACCAAGAUCUACCGGCUAAAAGAAAGAAACAACGAUCCAGCGACGAAUCAUCUGAAGAACCAUCAGAAAGGAAGAAACAAACUAAAGCAGAAGUCGCAAGGGGAAGACCAAGAAUCUCAGGGAGAUUCGUAUCAAAAGACGCAAUAAAAGAAGAUAUCGAAAUUAAGGACUUAAUAACUCUCGAGGAUCAAGACGUAGCGGAGGAGAUCCAGAUCAACUUUGAAGAGAAACAAGAAUAA